AUGAUCUAUCUGAUAUUGCUAGUUUUCUUAAGCUAUUUUCAUGGAAAAUCAGCCCUUUGCCCUCCUUCAUCGAUCGCUGUUCCAUCUCAAAACCUCUGCGUCGCUUUGUUAAAAAAAACCACUGUUGAAGGCAAAAACAUUAAUGUCGCUUGGGUAGGAAUUAUCUCAAACCCGGUGACUGGAAAGGAUUUGUUUUUGAAUGGAACUGAUGCCACCAACGAUUUGCCUCUUCCGCUCUUUUGGGUGAACACGAAAAAUGCGACCGCUUAUUCUGACGCGUGGGAAAGUUGUUGGUUUAGCUUGCCGAAUUCCACCGAUUGCGAGUGGGUUUUCGGGAAUGAC